AUGGAGGGUCAGGAGUGGCGGGACGAGUGGCAUCAGCCGCGGCUAAUGGACGGCGGACUGCCAAGUAAUCAUUGUCUACGGAGCAGCUUCUUACAGCAGUCUAUCGCAGAGCGAGUUGGCCGAGAUCCUGAUCAAAUACCGUCUCUACCUCCUCUGCACCAUCCCAUCGGAGAUAAUGAUGGGUGCGCACGAAGUACAUACUCUCCGCUGCAAGCCCUCAGCGAAAGUACGUGUCGGGAUCACGGUGCCCAAUCUGCUCCCCAGCCCCAGCCACCCCCACCACGUGUCCAGGUUUCAACGCAGAACGUGACACUCCACCCGGCGGUCGCGCGCUGCACCGCCACGCUCGAGCUGGCCGCGCUCUGGCGGAGCUUCCACGAGCUCGGCACUGAGAUGAUCGUCACGAAGGCCGGCCGCAGGAUGUUCCCAGCGCUUCAAGCGCGACUAGCUGGUCUACUGCCCAAUGCGGACUAUCUGCUGCUAGUCGACUUCGUGCCGCUGGACGACAAGAGAUACCGAUACGCUUUUCAUAGCUCGAGCUGGGUGGUGGCUGGCAAGGCGGACCCGGUGUCGCCGCCGCGCAUCCACGUGCACCCGGACUCGCCCGCCGCCGGCGCGCACUGGAUGCGCCAGCUCGUCUCCUUCGACAAGCUCAAGCUCACCAACAACCAGCUCGACGACAACGGACACAUUAUCUUGAAUUCGAUGCACCGCUACCAGCCGCGACUCCACGUGGUGUAUCUGCCAGCAGAGGGCGCCCGUACCGCGCCCGCUACUGUGCCAUACCGCACAUUUGUGUUCCCUGAAACUGGCUUCACCGCCGUCACCGCCUACCAGAACCAUCGGAUAACACAAUUAAAAAUAGCAAGUAACCCAUUCGCCAAAGGAUUCAGAGACUGCGAUCCCGACGACUGUCCACCGGAGCAGAGUCAGCAGAGGGCUGUGUCCAGACGGCGCGAGGUGGCAGCGGCCGAGCCCGGCGCCGCACUGGCGCAGCCGUACGCAGCCGACCCCAGCGCCUGCGGCCCGCUGUACGCGCCACACGCGCAUACCGUGCGGUAUCAACCACACGCAGGCCCAAAUACCGCCUACACUGCAUACUACGCCCAUAGAUAG